AUAAGGGGGGUACCUCAUGUCAUAACAAAAAGUGACAGGUGCCCUUUGCCCUUCUGGGCGGAAGUCCCACCUCUAGACCCCGGAAACAGUACCCCACGUGACCGGGAGGGGCCUAGCAGGGUCCCGCCUGCCCCUGUGGACCAAUAGGAAAGAGUUUUGAGUUUAUGGGGGUGCUAGGGUGGAAAAUUGGGGGGCAGACCAGCCCCCUGCUCCCUAGAAGAGCCUAGCUGGUUCAUGUGACCCCUCAUUUCGCUCCCCCGAACCCCCAGAAAUGGUUUUUGAUGGCCCUAGCCCCCUGUCUCUGUAUAGGUCCCCUGAGGGGCUCAUGUGACGCUGCUAUGCACGCGUCAUGACUGGCCCUACCUCCUGGAUGUUGUUCAAAUGCGCCAAUGAGCGGGGAGAUGGCAGGGGAGCCUGGUCUUUAAAUGGAGGAGCAGCAGGACGAUCACAGCUUCUUCUGCGGCUGUUCUUGCUGGUGCAAGAUGGAGAACACCCCUACAAACACGCUUGAAAUGGCUGAACCAGUGCCCGAGGUGAAGCGUAAAGCCCUCAAAAGAAUGUAUGUCAAGAUGUCCCGCAAAGGAGAUGGCGGCAUGUCGGUUGUGAAGUGUCUGUUUGGUUCACCGCCAAGGACUGUAGAAAAUGACCAUGCUGAACCUAAUAUGAACAAAAGAGGCAGCCCUGAGGGCAGCCUUUCAACAACCCAGCAGGCUACAACUAUAAUAGAGGAAUGCUGCCGUUCAGAUACCCCUGGCCUGAUAUGGCCCCUGCACGACAGUGUGGACAGAUAUUUUGAACUGGGCAUCCUUCCAGAGGAUUAUGUCAACCCUAAAAAUAGAAGAUCUGCAAUGAAUGAAGUAGUCAAAGCUGUUUCAUAUUCCAUUUUGAACCAUUGUUUCAACGAGAUAAUGUUUUUUAAAUGUACAGGAUGUGUUGAAGAUAUCCCCGCGCAGCUGGGCCACGAUUGCCUGACAUGGGAAGAGGAUUUCUAUAACCAGAACUUGAAAUAUGUAUCUACUAAACUCUCCAUGGGGCCCAUGCUCUAUACCAUAACACUGCUAGCCACAAGUAUCCAUUGUUUUACAAUGAAUGAGGGGCAUAUUAAACGGCUAGGCAGGUAUAUAGAAGCGAUUCAAAAUGCUAAGAAUGCACAAGAUGCUCUAAAUGGAUUAUUAAAGCAGUGCAGACAACGUUAUGUAGAUCUGGCUAUGAAGAUUAUUAGAAAUAAAUUCACACAUCAUAACUCCUUACUGAAUUACUGUGGUAUAUGUGCGCCAGUCUUAGAGAUCAGGAUGUAGCCUGUGCCUGAUAUAAAACAAAGCUGUUUUCAAUUUUUAAAAAUGUGUUCGUGCCUUUUGUCUUGCCAUCACAGAAACCGCCGGGUAUGUCUCCAAAAAAGAUAAGAAGGAGACUGUGUAGAAUGUAGUCAGUGUUUGUAUAAAUAAAGUUGCUUUUCAAUCAGUUUAAA